GAAGUUAAUACAGCCUUAAUGUUGAACAAGAGUUUAAUUAGAUCAAUCACGGAAUAUGGUAACUUUGUUUAUUACCCAAAGGAAAAUUUACAAAGAUUAAAAUAUGAAAGCGCAAUAUUUAGGAAUAAGAACAGCGUUAGGAUAUAGAAAUAGUACACCAAAUAACCUAAUUGUAGCAGAAGCAAAAGUAAGACUGCUACGUGAUAAGGCAGGGUUACUGGCUAGGAAUUUUUUGAGCAAAGUAUUAACAUACGGUGAACGUGACCUGAUAGAAAAAGUAGAAGAAUUAAGUAGACAAGAAAACUUAGCAAGACUUAGACAACCAAAUAUAAAUAAGACCAUAGUCACAGAGGCGUGGCAAAGAGUCAAAUGGUUAAAAACAAAAUUAGGUGAUCGAAAUGGCCACGAUACACACUAA